AAUGACCGUACUAGUUCUUAAUUUUCACCAUAGAAAUCCAGAUAUGUACGAAAUGCCCAGUUGGAUAAGAAAAACAGUUUGUGAAUGGUUGGCCUGGAUUCUUCGAAUGUCACGUCCUGGUAAAGAUAUUUCUCGUCAAUUCCUUCUGCGUAAAGCCAAGAUGCGCGAACUUGAAACCCGCUAUCCACCAUCCCUAAGCCUCUUGUCCAAUGUUAAGGACGUUGACAAUGCGAUUCCAUUAAACGACUUUCCUCCCCUGAGAUCAAUUAGAGUCGAAGAAGGAGGUUUUGCAUCUGUUCGCAACGAACUCUUAGCCAUUCUUAACGAGCUAAGAUAUAUAACACAUAAAAUUAAGCACGAUAGCGAAGCCUCAGAGGAGAUAAACGAUUGGAAAUUUGCCGCCAUGGUUAUAGAUAGACUUUGCUUAUGGGUGUCGGCUGUUUACAUGGCAGUAUCCACUCUGGCUAUAUUCCUCUCUGCUCCGAAUAUAGCUAAUACUUAG